CCUUCGUGCCACUCGAAAGUCUUGUAUCCUCUAACUCGUAAUAGUAAGCUCCUCUAUUGCUUUGCCUUAUUUCUGUGAUCUCUCUUUAACUCCUAGCUCUACUCUACCUCCUCACACCUUCAAUUUCAAUUCAAGAAAAAGAAACAAAAAGAAGAGAAAGGGCUUCUCUGUGUGUGGUGGUGCGAAAUGGGGAGAGGUAAGAUUGAGAUCAAGAGGAUUGAGAACGCAAGCAACAGGCAGGUGACCUACUCUAAGAGGAAAAAUGGGAUUAUAAAAAAAGCUAAGGAGAUCACAGUUUUAUGCGAUGCUCAAGUUUCUCUUGUCAUCUUUGCUAGUUCUGGAAGGAUGCAUGAGUACUGCAGCCCUUCCACUACGGUGGUCGAUCUGUUGGACAAGUAUCACAAGCAGUCUGGUAAGAGGCUGUGGGACGCUAAACAUGAGAACCUCAGCAAAGAGAUUGACAGAAUCAAGAAAGAGAAUGACAGCAUGCAGAUUGAGCUGAGGCACCUGAAAGGGGAAGAUAUCUCAUCCUUGCACCACACAGAGUUGAUGGCCAUAGAGGAAGCCCUCGAUGCUGGCCUUGCCGCUGUCCGUAAAAAGCAGGCCAGUACAAUAUUUUAUAGUAACAAAAAUGACAAGAUGUUGGAUGAGGAGUUCAAGCGCCUCCAGUUCGUUCUGCAGCAACAAGAGAUGGCUAUGGGAGAGAAUGCAAUGGAGAUGGAAAAUGCUUAUCAUCAACAAAGGAUGAGGGACUAUAAUUUCCAGGUGCCUUUCGCAUUCCGCGUGCAGCCUAUCCAGCCAAAUUUGCAAGAGAGAAUGUAAUUAAUAGGGUCUUAGUUGGUAUCCAUAACCCUCAUCUUCCUUUCUUAACUAACGUUUUCUGCAUUCCAGUACUGUUUGUAUUAAUCAGAUAAGAUCCUAAGCUUAGACUGUGGAAAACAAGUUACUUG